ACAGGGCCCCCCAGAGCAUCUUCCGGCGGGAGCUGUGCGGCUCCUUAUCAUGGGGACAAUUCAUCUGUUUCGAAAACCACAGAGAUCCUUUUUUGGAAAGUUAUUAGAGGAAUUUAGACUUGUAGCAGCUGACCGAAGGUCCUGGAAGAUACUGUUGUUUGGUUCCAUAAACUUGAUAUGCACUGGCUUCCUGCUUAUGUGGUGCAGUUCUACUAACAGUAUAGCUUUAACCGCUUAUACUUACCUGACCAUUUUUGAUCUUUUUAGUUUAAUAACAUGUUUAAUAAGCUACUGGGUAAUGAUGAAGAAACCUAGCCCUGUCUAUUCAUUUGGGUUUGAAAGAUUAGAAGUCCUAGCUGUAUUUGCUUCCACUGUAUUGGCACAACUGGGAGCUCUCUUUAUAUUAAAAGAAAGUGCAGAACGCUUUUUGGAGCAGCCUGAGAUACAUACGGGAAGAUUAUUGGUUGGUACUUUUGUGGCUCUUUCUUUCAACCUGUUCACCAUGCUUUCUAUUCGGAAUAAACCUUUCACUUAUGUCUCUGAAGCUGUGCUGGGUUCGAUUCUUCAGCACCACAUAAGCAGAAAAAGCCGGAACUUAUGUGGAAUUAUUCCAGGACUUAGCAGUAUCUUCCUUCCCCGAAUGAACCCAUUUGUUUUGAUUGAUCUAGCUGGAGCAUUUGCUCUUUGUAUUACAUACUUGCUUAUUGAAAUUAACAAUUAUUUUGCUAUAGACACUGCCUCUGCAGUAGCCAUCGCCCUGAUGACAUUUGGCACAAUGUACCCCAUGAGUGUCUACAGCGGGAAAGUCCUGCUUCAGACAACACCACCACAUGUUAUUGGUCAGUUGGAUAAACUGAUCAGAGAGGUAUCUACUUUGGAUGGUGUUUUAGAAGUCCGAAAUGAACAUUUCUGGACCCUAGGUUUUGGCUCAUUGGCUGGAUCAGUACAUGUAAGAAUUCGACGAGAUGCAAAUGAACAAAUGGUUCUUGCCCAUGUUACCAACAGGCUGUACACACUUGUGUCUACUCUGACUGUUCAGAUUUUCAAGGAUGAUUGGGUUAGACCUGCCUUACUGUCUGGUCCUGUUGCAGCCAAUGUCCUGAACUUUUCAGACCAUCAUAUAAUUCCAAUGCCUUUCUUAAAGCAUGCUGAUGAUGUGGCCCCUGUCACAUCAACUCCAGCUAAACCUAGUAGUCCACCGCCAGAGUUUUCAUUUAAUACGCCUGGAAAAAAUGCGAACCCAGUUCUUCUUCUGAACACACAGACAAGGCCUUAUGGUUUGGGUCUCAAUCAUGGACACACACAAUAUAGCAACAUGCUUAAUCAAGGCCUUGGAGUUCCAGGAAUUGGAGCAACCCAAGGAUUCAGGACUGGUUUUACAAAUCUACCACAUAGAUAUGGAAAUAAUAAUAGAAUUGGACAACCAAGACCAUGAUGUAAUCUUGUUUUUAUGAGGACUAUUGACUCCUUGGCUUCCAGUUUAUUUAGUAAUGUAACUUAGCAUUGACUGUUCAAUCAUUUACACUAAAUGUCAAAGAAUAAUAGACGUUCACAUUUCAUGAAACCUAUAAACUCUAUUUUUAUAAAACAUCUUUGUGGUGGUGGGAUCCUUGGAAACGUUUGAGGCUUUAAACUAGGCUUCCUUUGGAAA